UACAAAAAAAAACAUUCAAUAGGGUGGUUUUAUCGGUGAAAGGUCAACUGGGCAAUCAAAGCUCCAACUGUCACUGAUGCCCGAGGGUAUGCAUUUUUAUUUAGGACCGGUAGCAGGCGGGAUGCUGCCUCUGCAUCAACCUAUGAUUCUGUGGGUACCUUCCCCCUUUGUGUCUCUUGCUCAUCUUGCUCGCGUCUCUGCGGGAUCGACCUCAACAGCAGGAACUGGAACGUAUUAUUCAACCUGAUCGAUUUGUCUGUCCCAAACGUGUGCUUCCACAGAGUAUAGAAAAACCCGGGCUAGCUAUGGAACAGGCUUGUGAACUAGGGACCCCGUUUCGGGAUCUUCAUCGACUGGAUAAAGAAUUGAAACUGAAAGAGUCUUUCGCUCAUGCAUCUCCUUCGGCUUUUGCUAAAAUCUCCUUCUUGGUCACCGGACAGAGUGAAAACUGCUCAGCUUGCUUGCUUUCUGGGGAGAGGUUGAAAUCCUGGCUAACUAAGAGAGAUAGAGAUAAGGCCUUCCUGGCUUCUCUCUUUCGCCUUCUCAAUGCAUUGCUUGGGUCUUCAUUGGGCACUAGUUGCGCACUAGCUCUUCGGCAAAAGGCCAAGGCGAGAAAGACCCAGCGCAAGGGGCCCAAAGAUUCUCCACUAGGAAUGUGGAUUCUGUUCAAUAUGAGUUUAAUCCUGAAGCGUGACGAGAAAAAUUCUCAACAACCCGAGAUGUUAGAAGGAGCAAAAUCAAUAGGUGCCGGAGCUGCUACAAUUGCUUCAGCGGGCGCUGCUGUCGGUAUUGGAAACGUAUUCAGUUCUCUGAUUCAUUCCGUGGCGCGAAAUCCAUCAUUGGCUAAACAAUUAUUUGGUUAUGCCAUUUUGGGCUUUGCUUUAACGGAAGCUAUUGCUUUAUUUGCUCUAAUGAUGGCCUUUUUAAUCUUGUUCGUUUUUUGAUUUAAGUUAUUAUAAUGCGUUUAUCUUUGAUCACAUACGAAAGGAAUGUUGGCUGAUCUUUCUUUGGUCGGAUGGAAUCUUUUCCUUAUUCGGUCGGUCGGAAUCUUAUCUCGGAUCGAAGAAAGAAAGUUUCAGUCUCUGCUAGUCCCCGAAAAUGCUCGUUCCCUUUCUUUUGUGGUUUUCUCUUUGUUUUGUGGUUGGGGAUAACAAUCUUCCUUUUUCGAGGAGAGAGGACGUAACAAGGUAGCCAACAGGAGAGUGGGGGAGUACCGAAGAAUAGAAUGCCCUGGAAGCU